GGGAGCAGUCAGGGGAGCCUCACCAGUCGGAGUUGGCUGUCCAGUGGCAAAGAAGCGCGCGAGAGCCAUCCUCUCAGACUAGAAGCGGAGGAACCGCGUUCGGAGGAGCCAAGUUGCCCUCGUGCGCACGUUCCCGUUUCCAACUUCUUUACGCGUGCAGGGGACGCUGGUCGUGUUUUUGGAGCGUUUGGACCAUUUGAGCCGCCGCGCGCGGAGACGAGCUGGAUGUAGACGAAGACAAGCUGCUGGUGGUGGCAGCGCGAGCUCAGUUUCUGUAAAGUCGCGAGGAGCGCGCAGGACUCUGCGUUUGGGUUUUUAUAGUUUAUAAUCAGAGCGGCUGAAACUGACAACAAAUCGGUGGAUUUUUUUUACAAGUUUUUGGUGAAUAAAGGUUUUAUUCUGAUAAAAUUUGGUGGACAUCUGGGAACCUGAAGACUAGAGUUUCUGCCAAAACUGAUUCACUAAGGUCGGAGAAGAGGAGUUGUUGGACCCCUCUUUGCCUUUUUUGCGGCAUCUUUGGCCGCCCGGACAGCAUGCAGAUGGUGGAGGAUGGUGCCUGAGUUGGAGUCGGCCCUUGCGGAUCUGCGUCGGACCUCUCCGUCCAGAGGAAUGACGGCUCUGUGGUGCUCAUUCUGGCUUUCCCUCCUGCUGCCUCUCAGUGUCUCAGCGGUUAGACUUCCCACUGCUCAGCCCACAGACUCAGUAUCCAGUGAAGCAGCGUUUCUGGAGAACUUUGUCUUGGGCACAGGGGAGACUCUGGAGAUGUCCUGCAACCCGGAGGACCCCACCAAGCCUGUUGUCUGGUUCAAAGACGGCGUCGGACUGGUGUCUGGCAACAGGACGCGAGUCAUCCAACGGACUUUACGCAUCAUCAAUGUGUCGUAUGAGGACUCUGGAGUCUAUACGUGCCGGUUGGCCCAUACCAACGCGCUGCUCAACAAUUACACCAUCAAGGUGACAGAUUCUCUGUCGUCCGGUGAUGAUGAAGACUAUGAUGAAGAUCCAGUUGAAGCAGGUAAUGGAAAUGGGGCUCCAUAUUGGACCAGACCCGACCGGAUGGACAAGAAGCUCCUGGCCGUCCCUGCAGCCAACACUGUCAAGUUCCGCUGUGCUGCAGAGGGAAAUCCAAUGCCGACCAUCCACUGGCUUAAGAACGGCAAAGAGUUCAAGGGCGAAGAGCGAAUGGGAGGCAUCAAGCUCAGACAUCAGCAGUGGAGCUUGGUGAUGGAAAGUGCUGUUCCGUCUGAUCGGGGAAACUAUACCUGUGUGGUGCAGAACAAGCACGGCACUAUAAGCCACACCUAUCAGCUGGAUGUUUUAGAGCGAUCACCUCACAGGCCAAUUCUGCAGGCCGGCCUGCCAGCCAAUCAGACAGUGGUGGUGGGCAGCAACGUGGAGUUUCACUGUAAGGUUUAUAGUGACGCUCAGCCGCACAUCCAAUGGCUCAAACACAUCGAGGUGAACGGCAGCCGUUACGGUCCUGACGGCGCUCCCUAUGUGAACGUACUAAAGAGUAAUGUCAGUAAACACAAAGUGACUCACAGUAGACUGAAACUGUCCAACGUGACAGAUAAAGAUGCUGGGAAGUACUGGCUUCGUGCUUCAAACUUUGUAGGCACGUCGGAAAAAGCUUUCUGGCUUAUGGUACACAAACCAGCAGUGAACUCAAGCAAAGAUGACUACUACGCCGACAUCCUCAUCUACCUGACAGGCUGCGUGCUCUUCGUCUUCGCCGUAGUUAUCGUCUUCCUCUGCCGCAUGAGGAUGACCAUGCAGAAGACUCUUCCCACACCUCCUGUGCAGAAACUGUCAAAGUUCCCCCUUAAGAGACAGGUAACAGUUUCCUUGGAUUCUAACUCCUCCAUGAACUCAAACACCCCUCUGGUCCGGAUUGCUCGGCUGUCAUCUAGUGAUGGGCCCAUGUUGGCCAACGUCUCAGAGCUGGAGCUGCCCUCCGACCCUAAAUGGGAGUUUCCCCGUACAAGGUUAACUCUGGGUAAACCUCUGGGGGAAGGCUGCUUUGGUCAGGUGGUCAUGGCAGAGGCCGUCGGCAUUGACAAGGAGAAGCCCAACAAGCCUCUGACCGUUGCUGUGAAGAUGCUAAAAGAUGAUGCAACAGAUAAAGAUUUGUCAGAUUUGGUGUCAGAGAUGGAGAUGAUGAAGAUGAUAGGCAAACACAAGAACAUCAUCAACCUGUUGGGAGCAUGCACUCAAGAUGGCCCUCUCUACGUCUUGGUUGAGUAUGCUUCAAAGGGGAACCUGAGGGAGUACCUCAGGGCACGGCGUCCUCCGGGCAUGGAUUACUCCUUUGACACCUGCAAGAUCCCUGACGAGCAGCUCACGUUUAAAGACCUGGUGUCCUGUGCCUAUCAGGUCGCCCGAGGCAUGGAGUAUCUGGCCUCGCAGAAGUGUAUCCACAGAGAUCUGGCAGCCAGAAACGUUCUUGUGACGGACGACAACGUCAUGAAAAUUGCCGACUUCGGUCUCGCCAGAGACGUGCACAACAUAGACUACUACAAAAAGACCACAAAUGGUCGUCUGCCCGUGAAAUGGAUGGCUCCAGAGGCACUGUUCGACCGGGUCUACACGCACCAGAGCGAUGUAUGGUCUUACGGCGUUUUGUUAUGGGAGAUAUUCACUCUGGGAGGCUCACCGUACCCGGGAAUCCCUGUGGAGGAACUCUUCAAACUCUUGAAAGAAGGACAUCGGAUGGACAAACCUGCCAAUUGCACGCAUGACCUGUACAUGAUCAUGAGGGAGUGUUGGCACGCCGUCCCGUCUCAGAGGCCCACGUUCAGACAGCUGGUAGAAGAUCUGGACCGGAUUUUAUCAAUGACCUCCACAGAUGAGUACCUGGACCUGUCAGUACCCUUCGAGCAGUACUCCCCAACCUGUCAAGACUCCAACAGCACCUGCUCCUCCGGAGAUGACUCGGUGUUCGCCCACGACCCGCUGCCCGAUGAGCCCUGUCUUCCCAAACAGCUCCCCAGCAACGGUGUGAUAAGGACAUAAAACCUGAACUCCUGGAGGUCAGGUCUGGAUCUCUCCGCUCUCAGUUUGUCACAAAUAAUCACCUCUCAGUGACUCCAGAGUCCUCAAGUUAUGGAAAGAAAGACUUCAUGCAAUACUUCCGCAGCUCUGAGCUCGUCUUAAACUCUUGGUCUGGCAUUGUCUUUAGGUUUUUCCUUCUUUAAUUCCCCAAAAGACACUUUGGACACUGAAGGACUUUUUUUCUCUUUUUUGCUGAUGAACCAUUUUUGCGUUCUUGUCAGGAAUGAAAUUCUAUUUUUAUACUCUGGCCAGUCUUUUGCUACAAACGGUUGCUUGGUGAAACCAUUCCGUGCCUACUGGGAUUAAACCUCCAUGGGAAACUUUAGAGGAGGACACAAAGGGCAUUUCAAGGGGUGCAGGAGGACGUUCGAUUGGUCUCAUUCGAAAGGAGCCCAUGGAUGACUUUAAAAGCUAAUCCUGCAAGAAGUCGCCAGAAAAACCAGACUCAACUUGGAAAAGUUGAAGACAUUCAGCUACAGAGUUGGUUUCAUCAGUGUUCUCUUUCCACAUCUUUACAUCUUAAGAACAAUUUUGGAAUAGCCUCCGAACAAACUCCUCAUGAGGCAAAGUUUCAGGGCCUUUCAGUAAUAAGAACAUUUGGCGUUUGGAGGAAUUCUUUUUUUCUAUUACUAGAAAGUGGUGUAUUGUAAAUAUAUAAAUGCAAAUAUGUAUGAUAUCGCUGUCCAUAGCUAUGUACGUAAAAAGACACAAAAAGAACAUUUAGAAAUAAUUUUAUUUGAGGAUGAAAGACACUGUCUGAGCGUUAAAAACAUUGAAUCAUUUAGAAAAGUUUUAUUUGAAUAAUUAACAUGUAUAUUUGUAAAGGUAUUUAUAGACUUAACAUGUGGUUCUUAAUUUUAAAAUCUCUAGGUUAGGAUUUUAGUACUGUACACAAAGAUUUUUAUUUCAACCUUUUUGUAACUUAUUUUACAGCAGAAAUGAGAUGUUUUUGUCAUAAACUGGCAGAUUUUUUUUUAUCCACCUUUUUCUGUCGGUUUGCUACAGUUUGAAACAGAAACAUAAGAUUGUGUGACAGAUUCUGCUGGUCAAAGAGUGUAGUGCAAACAGCCAGAGAGGGACUCUGGGGGCCCCGAGGCUCCAAAAGGCGCUGAAGGCUUCCACUCAGUUCCAGUUCUGGUUUCAAAUGAUGGCAUUUGCACUAUGAAAGGAAUGAUUAACUCUUGCUGGGCAAGAAAUAGCAGUGCAUCACCGAGAGACCAUUCAUAUAUA